AUGAGGAGUAUAUUUGUGCGUAAAUUAACUCCAUUACUGAAAGAGGCAUUGUCGGAAAGGAUCGUGGAUUUUGAUUUUUGCAUACCUCACAGCCAAGAAUCUCCUAUGCAGGGCUGCCUUAAUACGGAGCCGGUGAAUGGCUUCGUAUCGUGCAGCGACUUAUUGCAAUUUUAUCGACCGGUCGUACUGGCAGCACAGUGGGAAGUGCAUGAGAAACCAAUCGUUUUUCCAACGGAAGACGAUGUCUCAGUGUUACUUGGUCUUCGACUUGCCCCAAAAUGGAACAAUCCAUUGACUCGUGGGCCACCAGCUAAAUCUGCAGAAGCGGCACAUUUUCGUGAAUUCUGGGGUGAUCGAUGUGAGCUGCGCAAAUAUCCGGAUAAUGCAAUUUGUGAAACAGUCGCAUGGAACUCCCCGGAUGUCCCGCUUCUCAUCUGC